UUUUGACAGUUUAUUUUAUUCGUUGGAUUCUCAAUCGUUUUAUCAGAUUUGCUAGAGGUUAAAAAAGUUAAUUCCAUGGCUUGCACAAAACUAUCCACUGGAUUGCAAUUUUUAAGCCGCAAUGGCUGUAACCGUGCUCUGGGAUCGUCCGUCGUCCAAGCAUGCCGUAACUACAGUAGCGAUUUAGAAAAACCCACCCACACUGGUCAAGUUUUCGAUAAGGAUGACUAUCGCAACGUUCGCUUCGUAAACGCAAAACGAUAUGUAAAUGAAAAUUGGGGUAUCAAAUUGAUUGAUGAAGUGCCACCAAUCGAAGUUACCGAACGUGUUGUCUAUUGCGAUGGCGGUGAUGCUAAUUUGGGGCAUCCGAAAAUCUAUAUCAAUUUGGAUAAACCUGGUCCUCAAAUCUGCGGCUACUGUGGGCUAAGGUUCGUAAAGAAAGAUGGACACCACCAUUAAAUUUGUUUGCAUCCAUAAAUGUAUUUAAGAUAAAGAAUGAAUUAAACUAUAUGUAUGAAAAUAAAUUGUUUCAGUAGCUGACAAUGCUACCUAAUAUGAAU